AUGUCUUUAUUUCGAACUUCAUCUGGCAGGAUUCCCAACAACCAACAGGAGAUUUAUAAUAACUUACCUCUAUCCUAUGAUGAAUCCCAAACAUUAGUUGUCAAACAAAUUGAGACUAUAACUGAUGAAGUUGUAGCAUCAUCUGAUA